CCUUGACUUCCACCACAUCGGCAGCGAUGGACGACAACAAGGUUCUACACAGGGUGCUUCGUCAGAUCGCUCGAUGGGCUGUCUAUUCUUCACUGAAGUCCACGUUAUCAGCGAGGAGAACGUGCCACGAAAGGGUCCGCUUAUUGCGACAGCGACACACCAUAAUAUGAUGCUAGACCCUGCCAUCCUCUCCUCGGCAUUUCCAUACCAGCGAAUCCUUCACUAUUGGAGCAAGGCUAGCCUCUUUGCAAAUCCAGUAGUGCGCGGCAUCCUCAUCAGCACAGGGAACAUUCCCGUCGAUCGCAAGAGCAAAGAUCGUCAGGCACUCUUCCGUGGAACAUUUGAUACGCUUUCACAGGGUGCCGCCGUCGCGCUCUUUCCGGAAGGCACCAGUUAUACCGAGUCACGGAUCAUGCAGGUGAAGGAUGGCGCAGCGUGGUCCGCGCUCGAGUACGCCAAGUGGGCGAAAGAAAACCCUGACAAGGUGACGGAGGAUCCUCUGGUUAUUGUGCCUACUGCGAUCGUAUAUACCAAUAAAUCGAAGUAUCGCAGUUAUGUCAUCAUGGAGUUCGGCCGUGGCAUCACGCUCGACCCGUAUAUCGACCAAUUCUUGUCGGCGGAGGAAGGUGCUCCGCGCGCGGCAAUUGGCAAGUUCCCUUCAUUCAUGGGUCUGACGUAUCUCAUCGCUGCUUCUCCCAUACAGGGACACAUUUCGACGCAGCUUACGAACUCAGUGCUCUCUGCGCUUCCUCUUCCUGAUACACUCGACCCCUAUCGCCCCGUCCCUCUCCCCAGCCUCCGUCUCCCCCUUUUCAUCUUCCCCCUGAUGAUUCAUCUGCCCGCAUACGUGAUGGCUCGGCUUGGUGCACGCCUGGUAGAGGACGAAGAAGAGACACAAGCACAGAACAAAAUCCUUUUUGGCCUACUAUUACUCGUGUUGAUUUACCCUGCCGCAUUUUUCUUCCUUUGGGCUUUCCUUUGGUAUACCCCUGUCGGAGCUCUGUUCGCAGGCUUCGUCGUAUGGCUCACAGCAAUAUACCACACAAAACUAGUCAACGAUAAUUACGAACAUGCAAAACGCCUCGUCGCGGCCUGGCGCGUCUUGAUUGGCGUCUGGGCUCCGAAGCGAUUCGAGUAUCCGCUCACGACACUCGCGCAAUACACCACGACGCCGAUCCCACCUGUAAACCCGUGGAUAUCAGGCUCUCACUCCGGCACAUCGACGCCGAAGCCGGGUGAGAAGGCGGGGACGAGUGCCACCAGCGCAGCGGCAGAACCGCCCGUCAAGUCGAGACGUAAGAGGCGACCCCGCUCUGGGCGCGUCAUGAGGCACGUCCUGCGUGCCCGAGCAGAGGCUGUUCGUGCCCUGGCGUCGUUCGUUGACCAGCUUGAGAAAGGCCCGGCAGAGAAGUGUGUGAACGCUUCGGCGCAUCUCGCGCGGGCUUAUGGUGGUGGGGUAGAAGACCCCAGUGCGCUCGAGAGUCAGUCAGUCGAGAGCGCAGUCAUCCCGCCUCGGAAUUAUGCAGGCUAGAGGAGGGCCAGAGAAGUUAUCACUUUCUUGAGGAAGCGAGGGGCGAAGAUUACUGCCCUUGAAAGGGGCAUCGAAGCAGACUGGGCGGCCCUGAAUAGUGAUGGUGAGAUGUCUCCUUCAGAGGAUGCAGAGGAUGCGGAGGACAGGGACGAAAUUGUUUUUGUAUCCCCGGGCCAGUGACGACUGGUCCAUGUGGACGAAGAUCUACGGCUCUUGAAUAACUUCUGUUCGUUCAUCUCUUUUUGUGCAGUAUGACAUAAGUCACUGUCGACAUUUUAAACGGCUCGGUACUGAGGUUUCUACAACAAGGAUAGCUGAACGCCUUAUUGCACGAAAUUAUGUCGACUACGUGUUAUUACCGUAUCUGCCUUGAAGCAAUUGAUAGGACCGCGACGUCGGGAACUUGUUCCCGACGUCAGGGACAGAGUGUACCUCAUUGACGGUCAGAUCGAUGACUUCAGGACAUGUCGUCCCUUCAAAUCUGUAUCCGCCCACGGUAUUUCCCGGUUGGCAGCAAGCUAGGACUUCUGUGGAGAUAAUCCAAAAUGAUAAUUGAGAUGGAUUGAAGGCGGGUUUGGAUCCUAGCCCGCGCGGACGCUCGGCAAAGAGUCUCGGACUUGAGCCUAGUGCAGUCGAACCUCGAUUUUUCAAGGAUCCCUCACUGGAAAAUGGAAAGAGGCAUACUCAGAAAUCAUAUCCUGCUGAGCUACCCCAAGCGCAGCGCUU